GUCGUCUAUUUGGCGAAUUGUGUUUUUUUUGGCUUGUGGGUGUGCGGCUUGUUGCAAGACAUGGUGAGUUUGUGGCUCACGGAUUCCACCAUCCACGCCCUUGAGAAUGGUCUCAGAAGAGCAACCUCGAGAAUUGUCGCCGAAGAGACGAAGCGGAUUGCGUUUCGAAGGCGAAUGAAGGUGGGUUGUGAAAAUGGGUUGUGUGGGAUUGGUGGCCAGUGGCGUGAUGCCUGCGGUGAGAGUAGCAGAAUUGUGGCCAGGACGCGAGUUCGAGCGCAGGAUGCCUGUGUCCAGUUUUCCAGUGAUGGGAAUGCGUUGCGGAGCUGCCGGGGUGAGGAGGAUGAAGAGGCGGAACGGGAUUGUAUUGAGAGGAUACGUGCGGCCAUUGGUGUUGAUGAGAGUUUUUAUGGCACGGCAUUUUGGAUAUCAGGCACUCAAACGUUGCUGGCUAUGGAAGGGAAGUGGCAACUGAAUUGGCGGAAUGACGACGGCCGGUUCUGGGAGCAGUUUGAUGGAGUGGAGAUGACUUUAGAGUGCGGGUUCGAUGGGGAGGGGCAAAAUUCUUGGGCUGUUGGUGCGGCUGGGAUACGGUCCACCUUGGAGCUGGAUGAUCGGGAGGUCUGUCUUCUGGGUGCGUGGAUUCGCACGGGGUACUGGGUGACUGAGGCAGCACGGACGCAGAUUCACGUUCGCCUGGUUCAAGGCGACGUUGCGGGUGUGGCCAUGGCAUCUUGGGGGGAGAUCACGUUAUCGGUUCAACUGAGAGAUUGCAAGGUGGUGGCAUAUGUGGUUGUUGAUGCUACAACAAUGUACCCACUGCGGGCAAGCAUGAAGGCAUUCGGAGGAUGGAACAAGUGGCAAUAUUCUGAUUGGAAACCCGUUGUGGCAGGUCAGGGAUACCUUUUUCCAUUCUCAUGCACUUAUACACAAGCUUCUGGAAAUGAGGAAGUCUACUCGGUAGUAGAGAUUUGCUCGGUAGAAAGCAUUGAUGAAGUGGUCGCCAGAGAGUCGCCUUUUUCUUCGCAUUUUUUGUCAAAUCUGUUAAUUGUCCCUCGACCACGUGGACAAAACAAUCAUCCUCACGUGGACUUCGACUCUUCUUGCCCACCUGACGUUCAAAUGUUGAGAACCGAUAGUGGUCAUUAUCUUGUACAACCGCUGGUGAAUGGCAAAACAGUGGGUUACUUCAUCGUGGACACUGGUGCUAGCGGCCUCAUCAUUUCGCCACAGAAGGCAAGGGAGUUGAAUUUAACGACAUUCGGGGAGAUCCAUAUUACUGGUGUGAAUGGAGUGGUCAAAAGUCAAUACUGUCGAGCUAACACUUUCCAGCUUGGUCCACUUCGGAUUACAAAUCCUAUGUUUUUAGAGAUACCUGUCUCAGGAAUUGUAAGAGGCGAUCCGCUCGUGGUAGGCAUGUGUGGGUUUGACAUGUUUGCGCAAUGCAUUGUUGAGAUGGCCCAUGACGAGGGCAGGCUGUCACUCUUUGAUCCUGCAUUGUACAGUAUAUCGUGCUCCAAAUCGCUACAAUGGCAUACCUUGCGAUUUUUGGAAAACAUCCCCCACGUGUCGGCUACUUUCAAUGGUCACGAUGCUUUGUUCCUGAUUGACACUGGAGCUGGGGGUGUAGACGUCAUCUUUCACAAGCGUGCUGUGGAGGAGUUUGGCUUGUUAAAAUUAGUACAAGUAGAAACUUACGCUGAACUUAUGGGUAUCAACGCUUCAGGCAAAGGCGUCGAGGUGAUACUGGGCACACUAAACCAACUGGCAGUUGCAGGAAAACCAUUUAAGCAGACAACGACAAUGCUUGCUCGGGAGAAUGUCGGAAACUUGGACACCUCCGAAUAUGUGGCUGGUCUUCUGUGUGGAGACUUGCUUACCAAGUGUCGUGUAGUAUUUAAUUAUGCUCAGCGGCAAUUGGCUAUUACAACUCAGACUUGAAGAAAUAACUUUUAUUAUUCAAAGGUGAGGAAAUAGAAUUGAAUUUGCAUCAUUUGUCCAUCUGUACCCUGAUUAACAUCAUUGUACUCGAGUGUGGUGACACUUUCCACAUAAGUCUGACUUAUUUCUAUAGCCUUGAAUAAUGGACGAAGAACAGAUUUUGAUAGCACCUGGUGACUGCUAGGAUUCCUUAAUUUUAUGCAUAUCAUCGUGCUUUGGUUUGAGAGUAAAUAACCUAUCUAUACAAGGCACACUUCUCGAAUUUGGCAGACAUAUGUGUAAGGGGAAUGAAUUUUAUAAAAGAAACUAAAAUUUUCAUUC